AUGGAACUGAAGGUUUGGUUUGAUGGCAUGCCUCGCGUUGUCGGCAAUGUAGUUGGGACCACGACCGCGGAGGAAGUAGUUCGCGCACUUACAGAAUCACUUAAGCUUCCAGACACAUACUCCCUAUUGGCUUACUGGAACGGCAAUGAAAUUAACCUGUCUCCCUCGGAAAAACCGCUUAGUUUUAUCAACAGAAUCGCAGAUUCGUAUCUCAACCGGGUACGUCGUCGGCGAGGUUGCGCACUCGCUGUCAAUUCCAUUGAGUCCUCGAAUAUUUUCACGACUGAGUACUCUUUUGUGGUCGACGCCAUCAGCAAAAUCCUAGUUUUUGUCCGUAUUACAGAUCAGCAGCCACCGAGAGAUCACUCUCAUUUGCAAGACCAGUUGACCAAGCAAGAACAGGAUUUGGAUUUGAAUCGCAUAAAGCUGUCCCAACUUGAUAACGAAGUUGCUCGGUUGGAGGCAAUUAGUGCACUCACGGGAGGCAAUAAGAGCGUUGGAAAAGUCGAUGGCGGCCGACUAUCCAACGAGGACGACCUCAGAGAUGACUUCAAGGACGCGCCUAUUGGUCCCGCUUUUGAACUCGCCCAACUUGCCGCUGUGGACUGGAACAGCCAGAUGGAAGAACAAAACACGCGGCAUCGCAAUCUCCGCGCCGAGCUAGCCGAAUAUCAGUCACGCCUACAGAACCUUGACCAGACUUUGUCGACUACGAGGUCUAACCUGACGUGCUUGGAAUCUGAGCUAGCCCAGGAGUUAACUAGGCUGUUGGAAAGCCUGGACUCAGCCAUCACUCAGCGUCGUGACUUCCUUGCCUCCGCAGCCGUCGCUUGUGGUGCUAAUAGCGCGCAGACCUCCGCCAUAACCACCACCGUGGCCCCCUCGUCUCCAACUUACACAUCUUCAUCGUUGACUCUCCACGAUGGCUUGAUGAUCUAG